UUGAAAUGGAUAACUUCGGACGUGUCUAUAGAUUUUAGCAUGUCAUUACACACGCGUAUUAUCGUCAUCAUCUCUAAACUAAUACGCGUUUCGCCGAUAUUAAUUGUUGUAUAACUGUAUUAUUUACUAUACGAGUACCUAUAGAUACCGCAAUGACACGAUCCGUAAAAAGACAAUAACCGAUACGGUGUGCGAUUAAUUUAUUUUCGUAUUAAAAUGUGAGCGUGUGCAUAAGAAAUUCGACUUUAACUGUUGACGUUUCGAUUAUCUUUAGCUACUCAUAAAAAUCGGGAUCACGGCAAAAUACCUAUUAUCUGACUAUGUUAGUAUAGUAACGCGCGUCUCGACAUGUGACACAAUAAUGAGAAAAAAGGUAACUCAAAAACGUAUCGACGAGUCGAUCACUCUACGCUGCAAUAGUAUAAUAUAUUUUAAUCGUCGCAGCGGAAACGUUACACCAAACUCGCCGUUGCCGAUAUACCGCGCUCGCGAUCCGUUCGCACCGCACCAGAAACCAUCGCGCACAUGUUCGACGCGUAAUAAUAACAAAUAUUACACAUUAGUAACUACGACACGGCGUGUCGCGUCUCGCAGGAGUGCAGGUUGCUGCAGCUGCAGUUUGACGGCCGGCCAAGUUGUGCAGUAGUGUGAGGUUAGCCGAUGUGGUAUUCGGCUUGCUGGGCGGCGGUAUGGCUCCGCCUGCAGGCACGUCGUCCAUGUUGCGGUCCCGACGCCGCGACGCCACCCUCAAGCCGAACCGGACGCUGGACAGGAGCGCGUCCCGGGGAAUGCUAUAUGAAAACGAGGAGCUCCGGUUGCGCACGAUCAACAUCAACGCCGAAGUCGAAAAAGGCCAAAAUUACAUUAAAAAAUUACGUCGGGAAAACGAACAACUAAAAAGGGAGAUAUGGAAUUUAAGAGAAGAAUACGAACGAUUAGAAAAUUAUGUAAAAAGCCGAGAACAAUCAGAAAACGAAGAGGAAUACGAAGAAGAGGACGACAACGACAACGAUGAUAACGAUGACGCUGAAGUAGUGACCACAGUAGAACCAACGGAAGUUGCAACCGAUACGACCGCAGCAGUGACUAUGUUGGAGACUGUGGUCGAAGAAGACGACGACGAUAAUGAUGAUCAGGAACUUAUCCAGCAACCUGAAAGUCACGAGUUCAUAACUGUUAACGGCGAAAACAUCAAACCACAGGAUUCAAACCCUACGGGUAUUGGCGACCGGCACGAGAUUAAUAACCAUAUCGAUAACGAACGCCGUCAUGUCACCGUCAGCGGUGCGACGGUGGACCCUCAGCGGGAUGCCGUCACCGACACCGCCUGCGCGACGACGGCGAUCACGGAUGGUACGGAGGGACGCAUCGCUGUAGUGACGGCCGACUCACCAGUGACUGGCGGCGGUGUUGGGUGCGACGGCAACGACCCCGGUCACCAGGACGGUGGUCGCACCCGACAACCGCAGCCGCAACAAGAGGAGGGUCCGAUGCAACGCUGCGGACAAUCCUCAUCAUCGCAACUGGACGCUGCGGUGCUGCAGCCGCACACCGCGUGUUUUGACACCGGAAGUAACCGUCAACUGCACGAUCUCACGGUGGACGAAGUGAUCGACGCCAUACAGGAUGCCGAACUCAGGGACAAGUUGCGAACGGUGUGCUUGACGGACGACAGAUGUUACAUGACGUUCGCCAACGCCGAGUGCUUGGAACGAGCGCUGCACACGUCGUUCGGAGUCCGUGACGUGCCAGUGCUUUUGAUGGACACGGGCGCGGGUGCAGUAAUCCUGUCGCUGACGGGCGUGCCAGAUAAUGUGACCGACAAAGACGUACUGAAAUGUCUCAAGAAAUAUGGCACGAUCAUCGGUGGAGUGGAGAGGAAGACUGCCAGGUGUGGGACGGCCGGCGGCGAGCGUUACGUGCGCGUCCGUCCGACGCUCGGUGCGCCCAGGUACUUGUGGUUCGGGUCGGACAAAGUCAUCGUCAGGCAGCUGACCGAACACGAGACGGGCACGAUGAACAGCAUCGCCCGGCGAAAGUCGUUCAGAUCUCAGAUAAAGUUAAACUUGAAAAUGGCCGACUCAACGGCGUCGUCCGGUGACCACGGUUGCGACGACGAAAGCGGCAGCGGCGGCGGCGGUGGCGAAGUCGGUGAUGAGCCCUGCCGCGGCAGUGGCGACGGCGUCGACGUCGGACCCUACACUGCAACCGCGACGACCGCGGUAUCCGUUCGAAAUGGAUUCAAAUUCCCGUUGUCGGAUCCAAAAACUGCAGCCAUUGCCAAUCAACCGGUAACGGAACCCAAGACUGCAACUACGGCAGGGACAGCGACAGUGACGACGUCGUCGUCAACUAACUCCAAGUCGGCUGGGUCGCCAAAGAAAUCGAAAGUAGUACCGAUAAACGAUCGUGACGGUGGUCCACCGACGGCUGCGUCGGGCACGUCCGAAUCGCCGCUCAGGGGUCGGCGGAGAACAUCUCUAAUGGGUUUCCGGCGAGACACCAUAAUCAAGCAUCGUGGUGGGUCCCUAUCCCGGAUGGAUGGGGGUGAGGACGCGGACAGCGACACGAGUACGAUUUGCCGGAGAAAGCUGAGCAUCACCGGUCGCGAGGGUACAGAAAAAGUGCCUUGGUGUGGGUGCUGGGGCAACGGGUGCCUGUAAUAUAUUAUGAAUCAUAAUUUAUGAUAUAGCAUUUUAAUUAUGGCGUACUCGUCGAUAUUUCACCCGAAAAAUAGUAUACCUAUGUACCAACCUGUAUUUAUAUCAACGUAUUAAGAUCGUUUUUUUGACGAGUACAUUUUGUAAUUGUAUUUUAUAUGAUACGUGUUUUUUUUAUGUACUUAACGUAUUGUAUACA